GCGCCACCAGCUCAUAGAUUACGCGUCGGGACACCGUGUACAAAGGCAACACCAGCAGCCCAAAGCAGCUCGCAGCAGCACCAAACCACUUUCAAUUUUCAUCGCCAUGACCCAACCGACGCUUAAGCUUACCUACUUCGACGCGUCUGGCCGCGCCGAGCUCACGCGCCUCGCGCUCUUCCUCAACGACGUUUCGUUCGAAGACGAGCGCCUCAGCUACGAAGAAUUUCUGGUGCUCAAGCCGACGCUGCCGUUCAAGCAGCUCCCGACACUCGCUGUCGAUGGCGAAGUCUUUACGCAGUCGCAUGGUAUGGCGCGCUACGUUGGCGCGCUCACGGGUCUCUAUCCGACGUCCGACCCGCUGGGUGCGUACCGCGUCGACGAGAUCCUCGCCACGUCCGACGACAUCACGGGCAAACUCCUUCCGUACUUUUACGAGUCGGACCCCGAGAAGAAGCUUGCGAUUGCAAAGGAGCUCGCGGCAGAGGCGCUCCCGGCCUUGUUUGCCGGCCUCGAAGCGCGGCUCGUCACCGCCGCUUCCAAGGGCCCGUAUCUCUUGGGCGACAAGCUUUCGCUGGCCGAUAUUGAGCUCUUUGUCAUGCGCAUGAACUUGCAGUCGGGCAAAAUGGUUGGUCUUCCCACGACGCUCUGCGACGGAUACCCGCGCUGGCAGGCGAUCGCGGACGCCGUCGCAGCCCUCCCGAAGGUCCAAGCGUGGUACGUCACGCACCCGUAAAGCAUUGUAACGGACACGCGUGUUUGCAAGCCGCCACGUAAUACACUUUUGUUUUGUAUCGAAA